AUGUAUUCGAAUUCAGUGCACCUUGGUUUAUUGAUUGUGAUCUUGUUUGGAGGAUUAAUUUCCAUAUUCGCUGACACCGUGGCUGAUAAAAGCCAUGAAGAUUGUACAGCACUAAACGAUAAAGUGAAACAUCUCAUAACGAUUGUGGAAAAUCUUACAGAUAGAUUAUCUCAAUAUGAACAAGAAUUGAAGAAUUUGAAGAAUCGAAUUACUGCGUUGGAAGGAAACGUUGCGAUUAAUAACAAAAAAAAUAAAAAUACUCCAUUGCGUGCAAAUUUGAUUGCUAUUCAUCCAAAUACUACAUGGCAACACAAUGGUAUAAUUGUGGCUGGUGGAAAUGGAGCAGGCAAAGAAAAUCAUCAACUCAAUCAACCAUUAGGUCUAUAUGUUGAUGAUGAUGAAACCAUAUAUGUCGCUGAAUGGUCGAACAAUCGUAUUAUGAAAUGGAAAUCUGGUGCGACCAGUGGGCAAGUAGUUGCCGGUGGAAAUGGAGCUGGAAGUAGACUCGAUCAACUGUCUAGUCCAAGAGAUGUAAUUAUUGACAAAGAGAAAGAUAGUCUCUUCAUUUGUGAUAGAAGUAAUAAAAGGGUUGUUCAAUGGCCUCGUCACAACGGAACAAAUGGAAAAGUAAUCAUCUCGAAUGUCCAUUGUUGGAGUUUAACAAUGGAUGAUAGUGGUUCUCUCUAUAUUUCUGAUGAUGUAAACAAUGAAGUUCGACGAUAUGGAAAAGGAGAAUUUCAAGGAAUAGUAGUUGCAGGUGGAAAUGGAAAAGGAAAUAGUCUUGAUCAACUCUCUUCUCCAACAUACAUAUUCGUCGAUCGCGAUUAUUCUGUUUACGUGUCUGAUGCGGACAAUAAUCGUGUGAUGAAAUGGGUGAAAGAUGCAAAACAAGGCAUUGUUGUGGCUGGUGGUUUGGGAAAAGGAAAUGAACUUACACAAUUGAGUAAUCCCGAAGGAAUUGUUGUUGAUCAAUUGGGCAGUGUUUAUGUAGCUGAUAUGAGAAAUAAUCGAAUUGUACGUUGGAUGAAGGGAGCCACAAAGGGAAGUGUCAUUAGUGACGAAAAUAAUCAAGAAAAUAGAAUAAACCAACUUCGUACACCUAUUGGUUUGUCAUUCGACCGGCAGGGCAAUCUGUACGUCGCUGAGUUGGGAAAUCAUCGAGUACAAAAAUUCAAUAUUAAUUCUAAAGGUGACGAUGAGCUUGUUUUUGGUGGUAUUUAUCAAUUGAUUCAUAUCGCCUCUGACAAGUGUUUGAAUAUUCAUGGUGCAGGUACGAGUAGAGGUGCCAAUGUUCAGAUCUUAAAAAAUCACAAAGGUAAAAAUCAAAUCUGGUUGAUCAAUGCGAAUGAUGAUGGUACUAUCAAGUUAAUUAAUCCAUUCAGUAGAAAAGUGUUAGAUGUGUCUGGAGGUCACACUUCAGAUGGUACCAAUGUUCAAAUCUGGAUAGACAAUGAAACAAAUGCACAAAAAUGGCGUCUACAAUCACUUGGAGAUGGAAUAUAUAAGUUGAUUCAUGCAUCCUCUGGCAAAGUACUAGAUGUCAGAAAUGAUGAAACAAAUGUUCAAAUUUGGUCGGAAAAUAAUUCAACAGCUCAGAGUUGGCGACUAGUUCCGCUUGUACUAUCCAAAGAUAAGUGUUCUGAUUUCAACGUAAAAGAAAAUUGGGACUAUUGGGGAAAUGAUAUUGAUGAGCCAAUAGCAAACACAACUUUUGCAGAGUGUUAUGCUAAAUGUUGUAGCGACGGCAGAUGUAAUGCUUUCACUUGGAAUCGAUUAGAUCACAAGUGUUUUCUGAAAUCAAGUAUCGGUGGUGGUGGAAAUUCAUAUUCUGAUGGUAUUGCUGGAUCCCAUUUAGAUGUCAGUAAUCUUCUUGGUGUUUUUCAACAACCACUGCACAUGGAAACAAACGUUACUUAUCGCGUUGAAUCGAAUACAAGUGAAUGGCACUCCACUGGAUACUAUGUAGCUCCCAAUACGCCCAUCAAAAUCGAUGUAUUGGAUCAGGCGGGUGGCUCUGGAUGGUCAGUUCGCAUCGGUUGUCACACUGACAACUUAGUUGAUCAUGAGACACAACGGCGACCACCUCUGAUUUCUCUGAGCAAAUCAUUGAGUUUCAAACGUAUCCAAAUGAGUUCACAGUACGGUGGUCUUCUAUUUCUUGAAAGUCCAGAUGCUUCUGGAUGUUCAAUCACUGUUUCUUUACAUAAUAUUAUUCUAUCACCAACGUAUGAUCUAACUAAUGCACAAAGAGCAGUCAAUUGGCGUCAUCGACAACGUCAUGCUCAAGGAACUUGGACUGAUAUUGCUGGUCGUCAUAUAGUCUUUAAUUUACCGUCUCGAAGUGUAUUGAAUUUGACAAAGACUCAAUUGGAUGCUGCACUUCAAUUUUGGGACUCAGUAAUAUUGGCCAGUCACAAUCUUCGUGGAACUAAGCCAACCCAUCGAGAACGAAUCGUUGCCGAUAUACAACCUUCAGUUGGUUACAUGCAUUCAGGUUAUCCGAUAGUAACUCAAAUGAAUAUAGCUGAUCCUAAAUCUGACCAGUUUGUUUUUAAUACGAACUUUCUCAAAAAGAAUGGAUCGUGGGGUAUUUUUCAUGAAAUCGGGCAUAAUUUGCAACGAGAUUGGUGGACAUUUGAUGGUACUACAGAAGUGACUUCAAACAUCUUCACUUUAUAUGUCUUAGAUACUAUAUGUCACAUUCGUCCAGGAAUCCAUACGUGGAACAGAGAGGCUAUAUCAAAUACACGUCAAUACAUUGAAAACGGAGCAAAUUUUACAAUGUGGAAAGAAGAUUCGUCUCUUGCUCUUCAUAUUUAUGCUCAACUGGCGCGUGAAUUUGAUUGGAAGAGUUACAAAUCUGUCUUUCUUCAUUAUGAAAGAAUAAAACCAAGUCUAUCGAAUAAUCAGGAAAAGAUUGACUAUUGGAUUGAGACCUUUUCUCGGCAAGUUCAACAAAAUCUUGUACCUUUAUUCAAAUUUUGGGGUUUUCCAAUUUCUCAACCGACCAUCAAUACGUUAUCCAGUCUGAAAAUAGCCAAUAUAUCUGAUGAUCUCAUUCAAAUCGCUCCACAUCGUUAUCGUGUCAAAGAACUUUGA